AUGGCCCCAUUAUGGCCAUCCAUAAAUGAGCAUUUUGCACAAUAUGCAUUCAACAUAAAAGAAAAAAUCAGAAAGACUAUAGAUCACAAAGAAGAAGCAGAAAAAUUAGAACUUUCCAAACUUGCAACGGAAAUUUGGAUGAACAAAAAAUUCAAGAAAAAUGGGAAAAAGAAAAAAAUUCUAGAGGUUAAUGCACCAACAAUUGAAAAAUUUUCUCUCAAACAGGACGAUAAUAUCUUACAUGAAAAAUACCCAAAAUAUAUGGGCACUUUUCCUUAUCCUUAUAUGAACAGAAGAUUACAUUUGGGGCAUUUUUUUUUUACAAUUACAAAGGUUGAAUUUGCAAUUGAGUAUGAACGAAUGAAAGGAAAACGGGCAUUGUUCCCGUUAGGCUUUCAUUGUACUGGUAUGCCAAUUAAGGCAUGUGCAGAUAAACUUGCUCGUGAAUUAGAAUUAUAUGGUCCUGAUUUUAAAAUACCUGACAAUGACACAAUAAUUGAUGAUAUUAAAAAAGGAGUUGAUGAUUUAACAUUGAAUGAUAACAAUUCAAAAAAAUUAGAUUCGUCUGGAGCUGGCACAACAAAAGUGAUGCAAAAAAAAGGAAAGAAAUAUUGUAAAGCUAUGGGAGCAAAAAUUGAUUGGUGUCGAUCUUUCAUUAUCACUGAUAUAAAUCCUUAUUAUGAUUCAUUUGUACAUUGGCAAAUGAGAAAGUUGAAGGUUCUUAAUAAAACAAAAUUCAGUGAGCACUACACCAAAAGAUGGGCAGCCUUGUAUGGAUUAUGA